AUGAAACAGGACGUGUGCCGGUAUUUGGCUGCGGAAAUACUUUCUUCCUAUGAUAAAGCUAUGUCCCUCUUAAAUGGCACAGCUUUAUCAGGUAUGAUGAGCAAAAGUAAAGAGAUCAUUAAUCCAGCACCAUCUUCAUCAACUGCGCCCCAGCUGGAAUUUCCUCAACUUCUGGCUGAUAGUAGCACUAAGAGUUGUGACCGCCCCUCUAAAUUAAGGAAGAGGAAGACGCUGGCACCAAGGACAGAGUAUGUAGAAGCUCGACCCGGGGAAGAGGUUUCACCUAAAGAUGGACUUAAUUGGAGGAAAUAUGGACAGAAACUUAUCUUAGGUGCAAAAUAUCACAGAGAAUAUUUUCAAUGUGUUUAUUGUCAUUGUGACGCUACUAAGAUGGUCCAGCAAAUCGAGACAGAACCAUUAAGUUUUGAAGCUACCUAUGGAGGAAGUCACAGUUGUGGUCAAGAAAACAAAAACCAAAAUGAAGAAGUACUAGUUGCUGUGGAAACACAAGUUGGAAGAGCAGCAGGGCAACUAUAUGAAUGCUACAUUCCUGAGAUGGUUUUAACCCAAAAUAAUUCAUAUAAAACGAAAUAUCCAUCUGAUAGUACAUACGAAAUCCUACAGUUAUUCUCAUAA